AUGGAGAGGGUAAGCGAGCGGCGUGAGCGACUCGUCGACGUCGAGCAACGUGAUGACCGUCACGUUGAACUUGGGUGCAACUUCCUGGGCGUCAGCGUGCUCGGGGAAAGUCCGGACGACGUCGGCGGCGUGUACGUCGGAUCCGUGGCGGAGGACGGCGCGGCGGCGGCCGACGGACGCGUGAGCGCGGGGGACGUCUUGAUACGGGUCAACGAGGUGAGCCUGGAGAAGGUGAGCGGCUCGACGGCCGCGCAGGUCCUCAGAGAUGCCGUCAAGAAGCCCGGCCCGCUGACGCUGACGCUGUUGAAGUUCUGGGACCCGAAGCCCACCGGCGUUUUCACGUUGCCCAGAGGUGAGCCGGUGCGUCCCAUAGACCCCGCCUCCUGGGUUUGGCACACGGCUGCCAUGACAGGGAAGCUCCGCCCACCUUACGGCGAAGACGAGCAUCUGAGCGCAGACAGCGACAUGGCGAUGGUCGUCAGAGCGAUGAUGAAGUCUGAUUCGGGCCUGGCGGUUCGGGACCGGAUGUGGCUGAAGGUACUCAUCCCCGACGCCUUCACAGGCAGCGACGCCGUCCGUUGGCUCCGUCGGAACCUGGCGGGCGUGACCGAGCGCUCGGAGGCUCUCCGUUACGCCGCCCGGCUGCUCGAGCGUCGAUACAUCCGACACGCUGUCAACGCGCAAACACACAAACGAUUCUCCCAGCAACGAUAUUACGUCGUGGGAGGGGGCGCCACUCACACCGCUUUCCUCUCUCACGCAGACCUCACCGAGGUGGCGCCGACGGACCGUCGCGAGGCGCGAGGGGGAAGAGCCGACCGCUGUCUCGACCGCGGGGACCAGUCUGAUCCGAAGGACCCUCUCCACCACGGCGACGAGUUUGAGCGAAAGGACCGUUCUGACCGCGGGGAGCAGUUUCGGGGCACGGGACCGUCCUGAUCACAAGGACGCGUUUGACCCCGGGGACCAGGUCAACCGCAAGGGACUAUUCCGACCUCAGGACCAGUUUGAGCACAAAGGACAACUUUGAACACACUGAUCAUGUUACAUAAGAAUGUCUUUAUGUCUUUGCACUUGCAAAUUUUCCUCACUGCUCCAUUUUUCGCUCGCUGAGCUGUUUUGUUUUCUGUUUGUCCACACGUGUUAAAUACUUGAAUGGACCCUGUGAAGAGAUUUGGAUCAGGUGGUGUGUGUGUGUGUGUCAGUGUGGCAACUCCAGAAGUUAUCAAUACAUUUAAG